UGAUACUGCCGGUGCUCCACGGAUCUUCAGGGACAACGUGCACAUACACAGACACGCAAACUCCUCUCUCUCUCUCUCACACACACACACACACACACACACACACAUACAUAGCAGCAGCAGGGCAGCGGAGAGGACCGAUAGACAGGGAAGUGUAAUGUAGCAGGUGGGCUGCUGCUGCUACUGCUACUCCCCGGUGUUACCUGCCUCUCUCCGGCUCUUCCGUCUGUCGCCAGGUGAAUUAUCCUCGAAUUCGUGUUUCUAACCUGCUGAGUGGAAACAAGCAGGAGGAACAAACGGAGCGUCGACGCACUUUGAAGCACGGAGAGAGAGAGAGUGAGAGAGCUGGCACUAGGCUUACAGUAAGACAGACUGAGGUCGUGAAGUGAAAAAGACGACGCGAAGCUGUUAGCUCGAUAGUUGCUCCGGUUAUUACUCUGAAGAGACCAUUACAGCAGCAGUACAGAGCCCACUAGUUGUUGAGUGUGUGUGCGAAGGGCUGCAGGUGUUUUUUUUUCCUCAAAGGAGGUGACAUGCAGGUAGUGAGUAGCAGGAUGGUCCAGUGUCCCGUCUGCUAUUGACGCUCAUCAUCCUUUACUUCUUCACCGAAAGUGACCAUGAAGGACACGGGGGAAUCAAAGGACCACCAACUUACUGUUGCCUUGAGGAUCCGACCCCUCAGUGAUGCUGAGCAGGAGGAGGCAGCCACAAUCGUGGCCCACAGAGUGGACGACCAGAUGGUGGUUCUGAUGGACCCCAUGGAGGACCCAGAUGACAUUCUGCGUGCCAACCGCUCCAGGGAAAAGACUUACAUGUUUGACGUGGCAUUCGACUACUCAGCCAGUCAGGAGGAGGUUUACCGAGCUACAACCAGAGGGCUGAUUGAGGGCCUCAUAUCCGGCUACAAUGCUACUGUGUUUGCCUACGGACCCACAGGUUGUGGGAAGACGUACACCAUGUUGGGGACAGACAAGGAGCCAGGCAUCUACGUUCGAACGUUAAAUGACUUGUUCCGUGCCAUUGAGGAGACGAGUGAUGACAUGCUGUAUAGUGUCUCCAUGUCCUAUCUGGAGAUCUACAAUGAGAUGAUCCGGGACCUGCUGAACCCAUCCUCGGGCUUCUUGGACCUGAGAGAAGACUCUAAGGGAGUGAUUCAGGUUGCCGGCAUCACCGAGGUGUCUACCAUCAAUGCCCAAGAGAUCAUGGAAUUGCUGAUGAAGGGGAACAAACAGCGCACCCAGGAGCCCACAGCCGCCAAUCAGACAUCGUCUCGCUCCCACGCUGUGCUGCAGGUGGCCGUCAAGCAGCAGAGCCGCUGUCGAGAUGUCCUGCAGGAGGUCCGCUUCGCACGCCUCUUCAUGAUCGACCUUGCCGGCUCUGAACGAGCAGCACAGACUCAGAACAGGGGUCAGCGGUUGAAAGAGGGGGCCCAUAUCAACCGCUCUCUCCUGGCUUUGGGCAACUGCAUCAACGCGCUGAGUGACAAAAAUGGUAACAAGUACGUCAACUAUCGAGACAGCAAGCUGACUCGCCUACUAAAGGACUCGUUGGGAGGGAACAGCAGAACUGUCAUGAUAGCCCAUAUCAGCCCGGCCUCUGUGGCUUUUGAGGAGUCUCGUAACACGUUGACGUACGCUGACCGUGCCAAAAGUAUUCGAACGCGGGUGAAGAAGAACCUGAUAAAUGUGUCAUACCACAUUGCUCAGUACACUAACAUCAUCUCAGACCUGCGCUGCGAGAUCCAGCGGCUCAAGAAGAAGAUUGCAGAUCAGGCGAGCCGCCAGGUCAACUCAGACCGGGCUGACAUCCGCCACGUCCAGGCUGAAGUCCAGGCCCAUUCUAGCCAGCAAAGUCGAGCAGAGAUGGACCAGUUGAGGGAGCAGCUCCUGGAUGCCUUCCGCCAACAGAUGGAGAUCAGGAAGAGCCUCAUGGAGCUGGAAAACAGCAACAUGGAGAUCCAGAUCGACACCUCCAAACAUCUACUAACCAUUGCAGACUGGGAGCAGGAGCGGAGUAGGCGCAGGAGGAAGUGGCGUGCAGAAAGGAGAAAGGAAAGUGUCAAUAAGGAUGAAAGCGAGAAGGACUCUGACUCCCCAGAGUCUCCCCCUGACAGCACUGAGACCCAGGAAGUGGCAAUUGCCCGGGAAAAUCUUGUCACACUCAUGGCUGAACAGAAAAGGAUUCACAAACAGAAGACGCUGCUCGAGCGCAGGUUUCUGGAGCUUCGAGACCGCGCCCGACGCUUGGAGGAGCUGCUGCCUCGGCGGGUGAGCUCAGAAGAGCAGCGUGAGGUCCUGGGCCUCCUCUGCAAGGUUCACGAGCUGGAGAUUGAGAACGCAGAGAUGCAGUCCCACGCGCUGCUCAAGGACAACGUUAUUCGGCAGAAAAACUUUGUGGUGCAGCGCUUCGAACAGUACAGACACCUGUGUGACGAGAUAAUUCAGCAGCAGAGACAGUUCAUUGAUGACCACAGUCUGUUAGUACCCCCCCACCUGCAGGAGCUGUAUGAUAUGUACAUGAGGGAACUCGAUGAGAGGAAGCUGGACAGAGCCAUGGCCCUGGAUAAGGUGACCACUAGGCACACCAUCAAGGAGGGCUCUCUACCCAAGAUCACCCUUCCUAAUCAAGGUCGCGACAACAUGCAGGACAUGGACUCAGACCAGGAGAGCCUACGCAACAUGUGCAUUGAUAACAGACGAGGCCAAGCCAAAAUUCGUAGACACACCUUGCCACCCAUUCUGCCUGAGCCUGAGCUGGAUAAUAACAAAGUGUUCAAAAGCAGCCCUCAUGCCAGACAGAUGAAAAACUCAGCUGUAAUGACGCCACCUCCCAUCCACAUUAACGGGAAGGGCAACAGAGAGCUGCAGCCGCUAGCUCCCGAGAGCUCUCUGAGCUACAGCCAUCUCAGCCACAGUGUCAGCAGCCACCUGGACUCAUCACCCGAGAGCAGCGAGGCCGGGGCUGAUAUCCCCCUUUCACGAAAUGAGCGGCAGCAGAUCCUAAAGGGGGUCCAGAACAUUGUAGUAAAAGCAGCCCGACGUCGUUCCAAAGCCCUGGAGGUGGAUGCCUUGCGGUUACCCCCUCCCCCCUCACCUCUGGACCCCAAGAAGCAGAAAAGCAGCCUCUCUUUGAGCGAGGCACCUCCGAGAUGUCUGCCAAUGCGGCGCGGCAGGCAGCCCAGCCCUGAGCUCAGGCACGCCACCUCAGACGAUAAUCUGUCCAGCAGCACCGGGGAGGGACCCAGCCUGCAGGUGACCUGGACGCGCCCACGUAAUCGUCAGGUUGCCACCAAGAACCAAACGCCCAGAGAAGUAGACUUUGAGGCUCGCCGCAAGAAGAGGCGCUCACGCUCUUUCGAAGUCACUGGUCAAGCACUCCCUCAAACCAAGACAACGACAGCCCAGAGGUUCCGCCCUCUGGACAGCACAUCAGACCCCCAUCUCCACAUUAACGGUCAGCCCCAGGCUCCUGUGCUGCGUCCCCAGUACAGAGGGGUUCCUCCUCUCGCCAAAGUCAGGGCACCCCACAACAACCAGCAAAUAGGCUUAAACGCAGAGUCCUCCACAGCCCACAUGAGCAACCUGAGGAGAGGGCCCCAGCUGCGGCAGCCCCAGCCCCUCCUCUACAUCACCACCACGAGCACCGGGGGCCAGCGCACACGCAGACACUGAGCCAUCACCCGCACUUACCCUCAACACCAGCACUAACACCCAAAACCAGCUGAGCCCAGAGGGGAACCCUCUAAAUAACUGGACAGCACCCUCACCCAUCCUGAGCUCGAUUAAAAUGAAGACUUAACCCCUCAGUGACUGACAUUAGGCAAAAUUGUGAGGCAGUAUGAUGGAGACUGACCAGACACUAGCGGGAUACCUCCACACAGGUCUCCUCUGCGCUUUAUUGUGGACACUGAGCGAUGGCGCUGACAGGCUCUGAAACCCACAAGCCUACAGAUGCCAAAGAUUGCUAGAUGUAAAGUGCGUGUUCUGUUCUUUCAAGUGUUUCCACUUAAGCUUGCUGUCGUGCUGAAUUGCUUGUGUUAUCGUCAAGUCUGGAUGGUGUCAAGCUCAUUAUGAACACAACACUGUACUAAUGUUUGUGCAUUACGAGUAUAUACAGUUUGGUAAUGUUUGGUGCUUGCUAUGAUGGCCAGAAACAGAAACAUCAAGCUAAUGAGGGAUGUUUAUGGGGCUAAACCUCAUAGUUAUGAUGUAAAUGAGCAUCAAGGGAAAACACUGGCUUUAUUAGACAAAGCAUUAAAAAAGCUGAGAGGAUGUAACACUAAUGGCAAUGUUAAAAACUACAACGAGGAAAGGCCUAUUGUCAAAAUGUUUCAGUAUCAAUGUUUCUUGUAGUGAGGUUGUUUCAAUUUAAUGACACACUGAUAUUUGAGGUUUUUUGUUUUUUUUUUUUAAAAACUUGAUUGUUGUGCACUUCUGGAUUUAAGCUCAACCUUGUAUCGUCACACACCCCAGGUCUAUGCCUUUUUCUUACCCAAACUUGACUGUUAAAUGUCAUGCUUGUUUGUGUAGAUAUACAGUGCAGUACCACAAGAUGCUUUUCGAGAUUAGUUGGCUGUAUUUUUAAUUAAUUAUUUAACUGUUGCCUUUUCUUUUAUGUUAUGGGCAUUGACAUUGUUUUCAUAUUUACUACUUUCUACGCUUUAUUUUGUACAUUUUUUUAAUUUGUACCCAAAUAAAUUAAAAUG